UCCCCCACAAGCUCGUGGUGCUGGAUCCGCUCCAGCCCCGCCCAGCUCCGCGGCCGCCGCGGACGGGAGCCGACUGAGGUCAACUCAAGUCAUGCAGGUUGUAAGAAACGCUGGGUCCUGGCUCUUGCGGUCAUGGGCUUGGCCGCCUACGACCAGGAUCGUGGCCGGAGUGCCGGGCCCCACCAUCCACAUGAGCGCCCAACAGAUGCAGGACGCAGCGGCCAAGCAGGAGGUUGAGAAGGCGGAGACUCCGGCUCCAGCUCCGAGCCGCAGCAGCUUCAGCAUUUACCCUCCAGUUCCAGGACAGGAGAGCUCUCUGAGGUGGGCAGGAAAGAAAUUCGAGGAGAUCCCAAUCGCACACAUUAAAGCAUCCUACAACAACACACAGAUCCAGGUGGUCUCGGCUGCUCACCAGCCCCUUGCCCGUGCCUCUUGUGGCACAGAGGGGUUUCGGAAUGCCAAGAAGGGCACGGGCAUCGCAGCACAGACCGCGGGCAUAGCUGCCGCAGCAAAAGCUACGGGGAAAGGCGUGACCCAUGUCCGAGUUGUGGUCAAAGGUCUGGGGCCCGGACGCUUGUCUGCCAUCAAGGGCCUGACCAUGGGGGGCCUGGAAGUGAUCUCAAUCACAGACAACACCCCCAUCCCACACAACGGCUGCCGCCCCAGGAAGGCACGGAGGCUGUGAGGGCCAGGAAUCCUACACCCGCACCUGAUGUCAAGUCCUGCCUCCAGCUGGGCCUCGUGGGAAGCGCGCUGUCCAAACUCUCCAGGCAGGGCUUGUUGAGACCCUUGGACAGUAAGGAAGAGCUUCACUUCCUCACUCGGUGGCCUUUGCUUGUUCCUCUGACUGGAGAGCAGUGUGGCCAGAACUGAGGCCGUGCCUCUCUUGGACACAAGGGGAGUUAAAGGGCAGCUUGACCCAGAUUCCCGGCAGUAAAUGCUGCUUCUCUUCUGAAAAAAUAAAAUUAUUUCCACCAUCUGUAGUAAUUUGUGAAUUUUUGGUUUUGUUUUUUUUUUUGCUUCCAGCAUUACAGACCUAAACCUCCCCCCAGUUCCUGAAAACAAAACUGAAUUGAGGCGAGAACCUCAAUGGACGGAGUAAGAUGUAAAUAUGGGCAACUAAGCACCAGACACCUUCCUCUUUGGCUUCAAAUAUUUCCUCUUUAGCCCCUAAACCAAGGUUUCCAGAGCUCUUUAGCAACUUUUCUUAUUAAGUUGUAAUUUGACCCCAAAUUGAGAGGUUUUGCCCCCUUCCUCUGGAGUAUUCUGAUAGUAGGUUUCACUGUUAAUGGAAAUGUCUAAAGUUAGCCCUAACAAUACAGGAGAAUUGUCCUGGGAUCAGGUUUUCUUAAGCGUGAACCAUCAGCUCUGCUAAAUGGUCUGUGGUUACCUAAAUGGGAAGGAGAUCCAAUAAAAGAAGGAAUAUA